UGAACAUGGCAGCUUUAUUCUAUUUCCAGACACCCAGAAACGUUUCAAACUUCCCCAGGAUUUCUGUUUGUUAAUUGAGGAUAUUUGAUUAAACACAACUUUAUUUAGGAGUAUGCAAUAUUAACUAAUUUAUUAACAAGAUAUGGUAAUAAUGCGGCACCCAUUAGCUAACCUUGUAGGCUAACUUAGACAUAAAAAUCAACUGAUAUGAUAAACAUAAACAACAAUAAACAUUUGAUGUAGCAGCUAAACAUCAGCAACACGGAUGUCUCGUUCGCUCACAAAUUCGUUUGUCAAAACAAUUUGUCUGUUAAUCUGAUAAAUGUCAAUGCUCCCUUACCACAACGGUUAGUUUGCUUAAACAACUCAACUUGUAAAACUAAAUAAUCUGACCUCAACCUUUUAGUGAGCUAAUUAUAACGUUACGUCAAAUUAAUGUAGCUUGAAUGUCGACAUUUUUUUUUUUGUUGCAAACGGUUGUAGGCAACCGUUACAACUAACGCAAGCUAACGUUAGCCUACAUUCCUCAACUUUAGUUACCGUUAAUUAAUCAAUAAGUCAACAUACGUGGUGCAUGUUUCUGUAGCUACACCAUGUAACAACGUUUCUCUUUUAAAGCUAAGCGGAAACCCUUAUGGUCUGACGUUCCCUUAAGCACUUCGGGAGUUUCAGUGGCAGGAAAAUGGAAUAAAAGGAUGGAUAUAAGUCAAAAAAGAUGAAACACAAAGAUCAGCAUCCAUUCAACAAUGACAUAAAAAACGGGAAUGCAAAAGAAGCAGCAACAAAAGAAGCAGCAACCAACGAGGCAACUGACUUUAACCAUGGUGAAGUAAAUGCUUCAACUGGAAACCUCUCAAACACUGCCGACACUUGUCCAGGACAAGGCCCUACUCAACUUAUUACUUGUCAAAUGGAACACAGUAAUGGUAAUGAAGCAAUGCUCACAAGGAUGCUUCAAGCUCCUGCAGUUGAUGCCCCUCAAAACAGAAAACAAAUAAUUCACAAGACUGUAAGCAGUUCACAGGAUGCUGAGCCAGUAAAGCAUAUCCCAAAUCUGGCCUCAGCUGUGAGAGUGACUGAACAACACACAUCUCCUGCACAACCUAAGGACAAAAAGACCUGUACGCCAAAACCAAUGCUCCAACAGGCCACACCUGCAAAACCAAGCACUGGACCAUACUGUGGUGGGAAAGUAACUGCAGGAAAAUUUGAACAGCAAUUUCAGGAUGUACCUGAAAAAGUAAGCCAGCAGCAGUCAAGACAUUCAGCACCAGUGCAGCAACAGAAAAAAACUACAGCACCAGUACAGCAACAGGAAAACAAAAAGGUAAUGUAUGGUCAUACUCAACCUAAGGAAUCUAGAAAUUUAAACCAGUCACAGCAGAGGCUUGCAGUAAAGGAAACCACAGAGGUACCACUACAGACAGUAAGGACUGUUGCACUGUGUGACCCGAGUAUGAGGGCUACUGCAGACUCAGUCCAAGAAGUAAACCGGGCACUCUGCAGCACUACCUCACGUUGGGUAGAAUGCAGUUUUGGGAGUAAAAAGCACCAAGAGAUGAACCCUCAACUUAUUGCCUCUGAAAUGCAAGCACCUCUGCAUACCUACAGAGAGGUGGUCAAAGAUGUAACUACAGAAAACCUACACAACAAACCACCGAGUCAAAAAUUCAAUUGUGUGAACGAAGCAAGCAAUGACUUUACCUGCCAUGCAGCAAACAAGGCGAACAGCAUUGCAGAGCGAAGCACAACAAUACCAGGCACUGCUGAAAUGCCUGUCGCCGAGUCUACAGAGCCACCAGACCAUGCAGCACAAAUGUUAAAUCAGUCAAUAGCUCACAUCAAGAAUGAGGAAAAUGUACAAUGCCUGAACCAAAACACUGACAUCAUAACAGUGGACUAUCAAUAUUGUUUGAGGGUCAAAUCAGAAAUAACCCGUGCUAACACUACAAAAAUGAGACUAAGACGGAAACUAGCAAAGAAAUUAAAGGCUCAGACAAGAGAGGACCAUAAGAGCUCCCAGCAAACAGCUGAAGACACUGUCACCACUGUGCAAGAGAGUUCACAGCAGCAAGGUUACGCUGCCAUGGGAAAAACCAAAAUCAAGAAACGCAAUGAGCCACAACAAAUACCUCAACCCAACAAAGCUGACAGUAACACCUAUGGGAACACUUCAUCUCACACGCAAAAAGUCAAUGUAAAAGCACUAGCACCUGCCACACCAAAGGACCCACUUGUUGAAAGGAGGCCUACAACUGCCCCAAACAAUGCUGCAACUCAUAACCCAAGUGUCAAGUUGAGGCUCCAGCGUGAACUUAAGGUUUCCCUACCUUCAGAUACUGCUGUUAAACCUAAGAAACAAUGCGCAUUCAAAGCAUUAAAUCAAAACCAACCUUAUAAUACAAGAAAUGACCCUAUGAAAGCAAACAGGAAUGGUCAGGUUAAAAAUGAAAUACUGGAGCAAGGCAUCACACCUGCAGUGCCUCCUGUACACAAAGUCCACGCUGAGUGCCGAUGGUACCCGUUUACAGUGAAUCGGGUCUGUCCCCAUAAGGUUGACUGCCUGCAUAAUGAUCUGACGAAUGCCCAAACUACCUGUAUGGGCCUCCUUGGGUCACCAAAGAAAGAUUUGCAGCUUGCUUAGCAAUGACAAGACACAAAAGGAAGGACAUUCUCGCCAAUGAGAGAAGACACUUAAGAUAUGUUACAUUAAUCACCCACAUUUUUUAAUUUGUAAAAAUACGUUAUAGAGUUGUAGUGUAAAAAAAAUAAAUGAAACUCAAUCAUUCAAAAAGUUUAUUUUCUGAAUCCUUUAUUGCAGACAAAGAUUUGCAUUGUAAGAUCAACUGGAUUACAAACCAUCUAGGGAGGAAGAGGUAUUACCA